AUGGGCAAGAAAGCUCCUCCCGGUGCUAAACGGGGCAUGAAGAAGCCGAAGAAGAAACGGCGUGGGAGCAAAAACUCCAGCUCCGUCGCCUCGCGCGCCGGAGAAGAGUCUUCACAAGCCAGUGUCACCUCCGGGUCCGGAGGAGAGGAGUCGGAUGAUGGCGCCAGCGUGACGAGCAAGCAGAGCGAUGCAAGCCGGAGCAGCAGGAUGAGCAAAAGCAGCAAAAGCACAAACCAGUCGAGUGUGGUGAGCUCCAAGUACAAGGGCAAGAGCAAUGCGCAAAUCCGGCGUAUGCAGGAGGAGGAAGAGAAGGAGCGGAGGGAGCAGAACAAGGAAAAGUACCAGAGGUACAAAGAGCUCGCAGCGAUCAUGGAGUCCUCCGAUGAGGAAGAGCUCAGCGAGAGCGGUACCGAGGAGGAUUCAGACGAGGAGGACUUGCUCGCGAGUCUCCUCCGCGAUGCCGCCUGA